AACGUAAGUACGAAUAUUGAGCCAUGUUGUGGAUACACUGUCUGCUAUGCUUUGAGCUAACGGCUGUUUGAACGCAAGAUUAUUGGACUACUUGGAAUGACAACUAAAUGACCGCUUUUGUCUUUUAAUUCAUUAUUGUAUCGUCACGGUGACGAAUAACUCGUCAGACAAUAACUUGGGUCAAUCGAUUGCUCAAAUUAUUUGUUUUCUUUCCCUCUCCAGUCGUUCCCCACUGCUCACACAAUACAGAAUAUGGGCUCAUCUCCUCCAGUUCUUCGUGUGCUAAACGAGGCUUACUUUAGGAGGGUGAAAAAUGAGAACAACAAGAUGCCAAUGGAACCACAGAACUCAAAGCCACACCUUCUUAACAUGGAUUCAGAGAACCAAGAUCCUGGGAGGAAGACACUCAUGCGGCCAAGAGUAAGCAGACUACCAGUCUUGGUCAAGACCCACCAACCUCCUACAGCUUUUCAUGCUGCUCAGUGGGAGGAGAAAGUCUUGGCUGGGAAAGCCAAGAAGAAAAAGUCAUGCACCCGGCAUACGCCUUUCAGCAUGUCUCGGCACAAGACUUUGAAAACAGACGUUGUAUCUUUACAGCCAAAAAGUAGUACUCAUGCCAUCCAGCUUAAAAACAAUGUUUCGAUAAAAACCCACAAGACAAGAGAAAACACCCUGGAGUCCCCAGCUGUCUUAAAAAGCACAGUAGCAGCAACAAAGGAGAAAUGUAGAUCUUCUGGAACGGCCUCUGGACAGUCUAACACUUUAAAGACUGAAAAUGUUGCACAUCAUCGGAGUUCCUCUUCCUCUUCUUCUGUCGAUUUGGAUAACGAGAUCCAUUUCAGUCUCAAAGAUCCAGUGAGAAAGCAAAACGUGCCGGAGAACCUCUCAAGUCACCCAUGUGACGAAGCUGUGGGAUUCCAGCUCGAUCACGCCACCUUGCUCAGUAUCUUGCACAAUCAGGGUGUGCAUGUCUCUCGACAGCCAUUUGCAGCUUCAGACUCUCAAUCCCGUGCCACGUUUGUGAGUUGAUGGACUCUGGAUGAUGAUGAUUAUUGUUACUCCGCUGCAAGUGUCUGUUGUAAAGAGUCAUCAAAAAGCCGCUGCGAGCCAGAACAAGGGGUUGAAGACGACAGGCUCCGUGCGUGCCACACCUCAAAACUUACUUAUAGUGCAGAUGAAAGGUCUU